CGAUCGCGCGCGGUCUAUGCCCCUGUACGUGUGUGCAUGUGUGUGCGCGUGUGUACGCGAAAUCGCGGAAGCCCCGUGUGUGAUACGCGGCAAAUGGCCGCCGUGGUGCAGUUUCCGUGCGAGGUGUUGCGCGAGGUACGACCGCGUUGGGCUGCGGGUGUCCGCGUAGGCGCGCGUCGCGGUUUACGGUGGUGGUGUUGUCGAUCAUCAUCAUCGUCAUCGUUCUUCUCGUCGUCGAUCACCAACGGGAACGGAAGAGGAAGUGGUGAUCGCGCGGCAGCGUCGUCGUCGCGGUCGGCCGAGUAAGCGACCGACCACCGGGAAACGCGAUGUGAUGUGAGCGCGUCGUCGAGCGCGAAAGAACACGUCUCACGAAGCGAGCGAGAGAGAGAAAGAGAAAGAGAGAGAAAAAGAGAUCGUCAUCUCGCUGACGCGAGAGGCCAAACCAGGCCCAGCCAGCCACGGCUGGCGAUGAACGUCGCAACGACCGCGAGUACGACGACGACGACGACGACGUCGGUGAUGAAAUCUGUGUCCGAGGGUGAGCUGGGCGUGGAGGAAGAGGUUAAACGUAUGGAGUCGCGCGGCGCCACGCGGCUCAAGCGCACCUUUACACUGCCGAGAAACCCGUUUCAAAGUGCCAGCAGCAGGAUGUCGCGGCGACGAUGUCCGAAGCAGCCCCACUGCGACAAUGUCGCGCCGACGUUGACGACGACGACGACGACGGAAGGCGGCGUGCAGCAACGGCAGAACGCGACCGGGAGAUUGCACGGCGGCGGUCAUCAUCAUCAUCAUCAUAAUCAUCAUCAUAAUCAUCAUCAUCAUCAUCAGCAACAGACAGGCGGCACUGGUCAUAACAAUCAGCAGAUCGUUCAGGACUGCUGUCAGGAGCGACAGACGCCGUGCGGUAAGAAGGUGUUCCGUCGACCCUCCUGGAGGAAGUUCAUCAACAAGAUGGUACGUCAUAUGUCAAACGUGGGCGCUCAGGGUCACAAGGCCGCCGCCGUAGCCGCCGCCGCCGCAGCUGCCGCCGCCGCCGCGUCGAUCCAUCAUCAACGCGGCGACGACCUCGGGUCGAGCGCGGGCGACAUCAGGGUGCCGCCGCCCCCGAGGCCGGCGCACAUCCCGGCCGAUCGGGUGCCGGGCGUGAUAGGCCUACGUAAUCACGGGAACACGUGCUUCAUGAACGCGGUGCUGCAGUGCCUCUCGCACACGGACAUCCUCGCCGAGUACUUCGUCCUGGAUCAGUACAAGAUUGAUCUGUCGCGCCGCAACAAGCUCAAUUCGAAGAAGUAUGGCACCAGGGGCGAGAUCACCGAGCAGCUCGCGCUUCUUCUCAAGGCCAUCUGGAGCUGUCAGUACGACCCGGAGAUGAGCACCGCGUUCAAGAGCGUCGUCGACAAGUACGGCAGUCAGUAUCGCGGGAAUCUGCAGCACGACGCCCAGGAGUUCCUCCUCUGGCUCCUCGACAAGGUCCACGAGGACCUCAACCAGGCGACCAAGAAGAAGUACAAGAUCAUCAAGAACUCAUUCGGCAGACCCGAUGACAUCGUCGCCGCCGAGACCCUGGCGAAUCACGUGAGAUGCAACAACUCCUUCGUACACGCCGUGUUUCAAGCGCAGUUUCGCUCCAGCUUGACCUGUCCGAGAUGCCACCGACAAUCGAACACCUUCGAUCCUUUCCUCUGCGUCUCGGUACCGGUGCCGCAGAAUCAUCGUCAGAUGAAUCUCUACGUGAACGUCCUCUACACGUCUCAGCAACCGCGGCAAGUCAAAAUCGGCGUGAGCGUGAAUCAAGCGGCCAACGUGAGAGAGCUGAGAGAAAUCCUGGCUAGCGACACCGGCGUGGACGAGAAUCACAUGUUAUUGACCGAGAUCCAUGACGAGGGAUUUCACAGAACCUUCUCCGACUGUCAACCUCUAUCCGUGAUCAUGGAGAACGAUCCGCUUUACUGCAUCGAGCUACCGCAGUUGAAAGAGCCUACGGAACAAGCGUACAUCUUGUUGGUGUGGAUCAACGUUCUCGUGAAAGGGGAUCUGAAACAGCGAUUUGGCAGUCCGUACACGAUGCAAGUAUCGCGCGAAACGUCGUACGAGGAUCUGCAGAAAUUACUGCUGAAAGAGAUGCACAGCACACUGGCGGAUGAUGUUCUCACGACGAGUCAGAGCCCGGGACUUUUCAACAUUCGCGUGGCGGAUCCGGCUGCGACGCCGAUUCAAGACGAACAUCCCUGUAUCGAUCCCUGCGUGGAACACCCGCUCUAUACGGAGCAGAUCGAGCAAGCGUUGGCACUCUGCGCGGACGAUUCCGGUCCACAGCAUGUGAAACUGAUUCUCGAAUGGGACGAGGCUACCAAGCGUAAUAUUAUACAGGACGACAGCGAUCAGAUUGAGGAGCACGCCAGCGUGAAACAGUUAAAAACCAAUUCCGAAUUGGGUGGUGCGGUCACCUUGGAGGAAUGUUUCGAUCUGUACACGCGAGCGGAGAUACUGGGCGCGGAGGACGCGUGGCAUUGUCCAUAUUGUAACAAGAAGCAAGAGGUUGUGAAAAAACUGGGUCUUUGGUCGCUGCCCGAUAUAUUAGUCAUACACUUGAAAAGAUUCCGUCAGCAAUCUAAACAGCGGUCAACGUCUAAGUUAACAAUGUUGGUAGAUUUUCCUUUGUACGGUUUCGAUAUGACACCGCAUCUGGCUCACAAUGGCGUUCAGGCGACACAUAACAGCGUCACCAGUCUGGGCGGCCUGGGCUGGUCACCUUGGAAGAAGCCACGACCGCGGCAACACAAUAUCCCCAAAUACGACGAGAACGUAUAUGAUCUCUACGCAAUAUGCAACCAUCACGGACAAGAUCUUCAGGGCGGACAUUACACGGCGUUCUGUCGAAAUCCGUACGACACGCAGUGGUACUGCUUCGACGACACGCGCGUGGAAGCGGUGAACGACACGAAUCUGAUCACAAACUCAGCGUACAUGUUGUUUUAUCAACGAAGAGGCUUGUCCAACAACUCCACGGGAAAUUCAUCUGCGGCGUCCACGAGCUCGGCCGGUUCCGGUCUAGAUCAUUGGGUAUCGAAAAUGCCGCCGUUUUAUUUCAACAAUAAGAGCACUAGUGACGUAACGAACAAUAAACAAAGUAAAUCGCAAGAGAUACUGUGCCAGGAGAAGAUUGUGGAGGAGAAGAACAUGACUAAUUUCACUAGAGGUUGCGGUAAUUACGCAACUUUACAGCCAAAGAAGAGGAACGCGGCGACGGAAACCGAUAUCGGACAGAUGGAUCACUAUUCGGACGAUGAGGCACCUUGUAGAAGAGAAUGGGCCUCCCCGAAACCGGUGCGAAAGACUUCAUCCAUUACACUGACGCCGCACAUACCGUCAGCAAUAAUUCAGAAUGCUAGUAGUGAUCCGAAUACAACCGUUAUACACGAGUCGACGUUGUAACACACGAUAUAAGUCAGACUGAGAUGUCUGGCUCGAGCGAUGCUCAAUGUACAGUGCCUGGUGUGUCAUGAUGUUUGAAUAACAUCGAGUGGGGUGAGAUAAAAAAAAGACAGACAAUUCUGGUAAAAUAUAAAUUCGUUAUUUUUCGAUUACCGAACGAGGAGCGAUACAUUAUAGAGACAUUGAAAAAAAUCGUUCCUCUGCUUCGAAUUUAUAUAGACUUUUUUUUCGUACAGAGACGCUGAGAUAACAUGGAUUUUCAGCGACAUGCUUCUCUCUAUCGCCUGUUCUUUCGGGAAGUGUAAUAAGUUUACAUGCAGGCGAUCUUUUGAGGAUGAUAGAAAUACGAGGCAUUAGUAAUUUUUGUAAUUGUAAUACCAUGUUUAUAUACAGAGCUCGCGUGGAUUGUAUUAUAUGAUAUAGCUGCUAAAAAGAUAGCUUUUUAAAAAAAGACGAAUCUUAUACUCAAAUAUAUAAAGAAUUACGUAUUCUUAAGGGAGAGAGAAAGAGAAAGAGAGAAGAAGAAACCUCUAGUGUUUAUAUAAUACAUAAUUAGAAUUUCAAUAGGCAACUAAAUUCUACAUUGUGUCCAGAGGAAGGAAAUAUAUUUUCCAGAGCGGUUUCGUGCAAUUGUGUAAAGCGUUUAAAUAUAUUAUGUCAACGUAAACACGUCGUAAGCAUUGUGUCAUCUUACAAUGAAAGUAUAUGACAAUAACAAAAAACUUAUACAUUAUUAAUUCUGCGUUAAUACAUGUUUUCUUUACAAUAUCGUUCGUUUCUGGACAUACUGUGUAACUAUAUUGACCGUUGCUUUAAAUCUAUGUUUAACUGUAAUAUUUAUAUUAAUACCUGUAUCAUGUCUCCACUAGUGGCCUUAUCUAAAUAAUUAAUACUGAUACACACGACAUUA